AGAUCUCUCACUAUCACUCUUCUCUUCAUGACAGUCCUAGUUGUUGCUGUUAACGAAGAUUGCCGCGAAGAUGAAGGUAUAUGCGACAACAGGUACCACUGAACAAAAGAUACUUACCUCUGUAAAAGAGAUGGUCUCUUCCCUCUCGUUCUCUUGGACUACUUCGGAAUAGUCAUCAUGGCCGUACUAAUGUCCCUCUCAAUCGCAGCUGGGCUUGGAGGUGGAGAAAUCGUCGUACCGAUCAUUAAGAUCUGAUUCGGAUUUUCCCAAACUGAAGCAGCUCCAAUUUCGCAGUGUUGAAUAAUGUUGGCAGGGAUCACAAGGUUCAUUAUCAAUUACAAGAAGAAGCAUCCUCACAAAGAUGCGGUCCCUAUAGACUACAAUGCAGCCAUGGUGUUGAUGCCAGCCAUCUUCUUUGGAGCCAGUAUCGGGCAGAUGCUCCAUGAAAUACUUCCUAAUCUGUUCCAAGAGGUUAUGCUCCUCGUCGUUUUAGGAUACUGAGUGCUUGAGAGUUGCAAGAAAGGCAUGAAACUCUGGAAACAGGAAUCCAAAGAAAAGCGUGGCGAAGUCGAAGAGGCUGAUAAAACUUCAAUUCUUUCCAAAGAAGACCCGUCAGCUCAGGCUCUGCUUCAGAAGGACAAGAUCAAUGGUACUAAUUCUUUGGAUUCUUCAAAUAUCACAGAUUCUUCUCCAGAAAGAGGCUCCUCCAAUAGCAACGGAGUGAGGCGUUCCUUCAUCCAAAGAUUUGAAAACAACGAGAAAAGUCAUUGGCAAUUCGGUAAACUCAUCCCAAUCUGGCUUGUCCUAGCUGCCCUGAUCGGCCAGGCUAUACUCAAGGAUAGUGGACUGAUCAGCAUCGAAGAAUGCAGCUUGGCCUAUUGGGCCAUUUAUGUUGCAUAUGUACUGUGCUGUGCUAUAGCCCUGGUUUUCUCAUACAUCAAGAUCAAGAAAGAUGUGGCUCUCAGACAGGCAAUCUACGGCGAUAACCUUCCCAAAGGAGAAGUAAAAUUUGACAACAAGAAGAUCAUCUCCGUUGUAGGUGUCUCAGUACUUGCCGGAUGUGUUGCAUCAGUUAUUGGAGUUGGGGGUGGGGUAAUCUACCUCCCAAUGCUGCUGAUCAUUGGCUACCCUCCCUUCGUAGCCUCAUCAACCUCGAUCUUCAUGGUGAUGUACGCAGCUGCAGCCAAUUUCAUAUCUUACACAAUUGGGGGCCAAACAAAUAUUCCCUAUGCGUUCUGGUUGGGCCUCUGGACAUGAAUCGGAGUUGUAAUAGGAGUCACAGCAGCGAACAAGAUCGUACAGAAAACAGGAAGGCAAUCUAUCUUCAUCAUCCUGCUUGGAGUCGUCAUGACCAUCUGAUUUGUACUCACAGUUGUAUUCGCAACUCUAAGCACCAUUGAUGAAGUUCAUGAUGGAGAAGGGGUCUUCAAAUUCGGAAACCUUUGUGAUUAGUAUAUUCAUAAAGCU